AAAAUAAAUUGUGGAAAUAGCGGGGCUUAGCCAUAUUUAUGACUUUCUGGCUGUGUUAAGUGAAUACCUUUUUGGGAAGCUUCAACUACUACACUGCGCCUGCGCCUUGCCAUUUACGUGCUGUGAGUCUCUCAGAAAAAUGCCGAUGUGGCUUCUGUAAACGGAUUUAGGGAAUCAAGUUGGCGAAAAGUUGCAAUGGAACUUUUCCUCUUGUGCCUUUUUUGGGUGUGCAGCUUCGCUAUAUCAGCCGAGGACGAAAGACUGCCCAAUCGAUGCGAAGUGUGUAAGUUCCUGACGGUGGAGCUCCAAGCAGCCUUGGAGAAGACGGGUCGGUCCAAGGAGGUUCUGGAGCUAGGAGCAGUGCUGGACACGGGUAAACGCAGACGCAAGAUCAAAUACAAUACCUCUGAGACCCGUCUGACGGAGGCAGUGGAUAACAUCUGUGAGGGGAUCCUACAGUACAGUGUCCAUGCUGAGAGACCUGGCAGCCUCCGAUACGCCAAGGGUACCAGUCAGACCAUGGCCACUCUGAAGAACCUGGUCCAUAAGGGGGUGAAGGUGGAGUUGGGUCUGCCCUAUGAACUCUGGGACGAACCCUCAGUGGAGGUGUCCGACAUGAAGAAACAGUGUGAGACGAUGCUAGAGCAGUAUGAGGAGGUUGUGGAGGACUGGUACUUCCACCAUCAGGAGGAGAGGCUGGAGCGCUUCCUGUGUGAGACACACAUUCUCAAGACCUCCGAGCAAGAAUGUCUACAGGAGGUUUGGAAGGGUGACAUGGGAAAGAAGGGAUCCAAAGUGGAGGUAGCAAGCGAAGAAGAGGGAGAAGGGAAGACUCACGACGCAGGAGAACUGUGAAAUCAUCCAAAAUGGCGGAGUGAAAGUCUCCCUAACAGAACUACCCCUCUUUCUUUCCCAAAUGGUCAUACGAUAUUUGGAGUGGAACAUAGUUAGAAUGCAUGGAGCAAAGUUACAUUCAA